UAGUGAAAGAGUAGCCUUGAAUGAACUUGUUAAGACAAAUGUCUGAGCUAUAGAAGUGUAUAAUACUGCUUUUUAAUACAAUUUUGUUUCCUUCAUACUGUUUUAUUUUAUUUUUCGGUCAAAAGUUACGUAGUGGUUGAGGUUGUGCACUUAUACUGAAAACACAAGACCGGAUGUGUGGUUGCUGUUCUGGAAGGAGGAACACAGUCGUUCAGAAACGCUGAUCAGAGCAGCUCGGGUUGUUUCUUUCUCGUUUUAACUCGCAGCUGUUUCUUUUCACUCUUUUUGUUGAUCGAAAAACUUCCACGAUCGAUCGAAAACGUCCGAAGCCGCGAUGGCGUCGCCGCUGGAGAUGACGGAGAUGUACGACAACGCUCUGCUGGGGAUCCUGCAGCAUGUUGGAAACAUUCAGGACUUUCUUCAGAUCUAUUUUGGAUUCUUGUAUCGCAAAACGGACUUUUACCGCCUGCUGUCCGGCCCCGGCGACAAGAUGGGCUUCCCCCCUGGCGUGGCGGAGAAGAUGGUGCUCAAGACGUACAAGCUGUUCGAGAAGGUGGCAGAGCACGACAGAGAGAGACAGCUGAGCGAGAUGCAGAAGAGAGCGGAGAGCAGAUGUGUUCCUCAGGCAGUCCAGGAGCUGGAGGUGGCCACUGAGCCUCCCAAGGAGACAGAGGAGCAGAGCGCCAAGGCACCGCAGACGGAGAGCUCCCCGCCGGAUGCUGGACACGUUUCAGCCCCUGCGGCCUCGGAAGCGACCGCUCCAGGGCCAAUCGCUCAGGGAGACCAGGCAGCAGCAGCCGCCAGCACAAACUCAGCAGAGCAGAGUCAGGAGAGAUUUCAGUGUGAUCCCGACAGUUACAACGGGGCGGUGAGGGAAAACUACAGCUGGUCUCAGGACUUCACUGAUGUGGAGGUCCGCGUGUUUGUGCCAAAGACAGUUGUUAAGGGCAAACAGGUCAGCGUUAGCCUGCAGACCAGCAGCAUGCGAGUGUGUGUGAGGGACGGAGCCAAAGAGGAAACACUGAUGGAGGGAGAAUUCAUGCACAAGAUCAACACAGAAAACUCUCUGUGGAGCCUGGAACCUGGAAGCUGUGUGGUCCUGUCACUCAACAAGACCUCAGAGGUUUGGUGGAACGCCGUGCUGAAAGGCGAGAAGGAGAUCGACAUCAACCAAAUUAACCGCGAGCGCUCCAUGGCAUCAGUUGACGACGACGAGCACGCCGUGUUGGACAGACUCACGUUCGACUACCAUCAGAAGCUGCAGGGCAAGCCACAGAGUCAUGAAAUGAAAGUGCACGAUAUGCUGAAGAAGGGCUGGGACGCCGAAGGCUCUCCCUUCAGAGGGCAGCAGUUCGACCCGUCCAUGUUUGACAUCCCACCCAGUGCGGUACAGUUCUGAGGCACGGCCAAAUAUCAGCCAAGUAUGAACUGGAUCCUAGUUUAUUUAUAGAACUGCUUGUAAAAAAAGACAUUUACCUGCUGGUCUGCUGUGUUGGAGGUUUGUUUUUAAAUGUAAGAGCAGAACUAAAGCCGCUUAUUGUGGCGAGGACUUGUUAUUAUAUGAAAUCUGAUCAUUCUGUUGAUUUUGCCCACUCUGCAGUGCCUUGUCUGCCCCCCUGAGGUACUGGAUUCUUUUUUUUUCCAUUUCUAUUCUUGUAGCACUGCCCCAAAGCUUUGAGCAUUGAAUCACCUGUCAUUGUAACUGGUUACCUUCAUUUCCAUCCUUCUCGAAGUAAUGACAGGAGAGCCCACCUCUGUUUUCUAUCUGAUGAUGAUGAUGAUGAUAUUAAUAAUAUAUCAGAUGGAGCUGUAUAAUUAAGAAUGGAGAAUUUUUAUCUUUUAUUCGCAUCUGAACAUUUGAUAGGUUAUUAUUUCUGUAAGGCUAUCAGAGUGUUAACAAAGCAAGAGUAAAUUGAAAAGUCUGUUUACCUGCAGCAGAAUGUCUAGCGGCAGAUUCUUUUUUCCAUUUUAGCCAACUUCCUCUAAUUUCAGCCCUGUUUACAUAUUUAUACAUUAUAGAUAUUUUACAUUGAUUACACACAAAUAAAAUGAACUUAAAAAAUAAUUCUAAUUCUCAAUGUUCAGGGAAUGUAGGUUAAAUCUUCCACACAUGAUCGAUCCUCGAACACAUGAUCACUGAAGAGCUGCUCUUCAGAGUGAUUUGUACACCAGACAGAAGGCAGGGGAAGUCACUUGGUCAUGGAAGCCUUAGGUUUACCUGGUUGUCAAUGUUAACAAGUUAUUUAUUUAAGUCCACACGCUGGAUAUUGGAUUAGUUGUGUUCACCCUUAGUGCAGGUGUCACAGUUUGAUGCAAGAAGCAGCUUUUAAAAAUGGCCUCCUCAGAGUGUUUGUAAAGAUAAAGAUCAGAUCUUUGCCACUUACUCAUCAAUUAGAAAUGAUUAGUUUCCAUCUUUGUUGAAAAUAUGACAAGGCCUUACAACUUCAAUAAAAUAAAAAAGCCUUCACAUGGUCAAUGCACCAUAUGCGCAUGUUUUACUAUGAUACAUUGUGAUUUCAUUAAUACCGUAUGAUGAUGAAUGAUUGGUUAAUCAAAAUGUGCUGCAAAUUGUGUCUCCAGUUUUAGCAGUUGCAAAAUUGAAUGGAGACACAUCAUGAAGAUGUCACAUGUCAGAGCUUUUGAAACUUCCUUUGGGUCUUUUAGCUUCACCACCUUUUUUUGCAAGUGCUGCACCUGUAGGAAUAUGUCAAAGCGAGUCAAGCAGGUGAAAUGCUCUGCUGUCGAGUCCACAGAGGAGCACGCAGCUCUGCAUAGACCCCCGGUACCAGAGCCCACAAGAGUAAAGUAGUUUAUUUAUCAUGGCAAGUUAAUGUCCCAGCUGCAGUUGGUAAAGAGGUGAUGGUCUGUGCAGGGAUUUAAGUGUCUGUCUUCAACCAGGUGAUGAGGCGUCUCCACCAGCUGCAGGAGAGCUGAACCUGCAGAAAUGUAAAGUUUUAUUUCUGUCACAUUUACUGGUUUUCACUCCAACAUAAGGCUGUGGUAAAUAAAAAUUCAAGGAAAGCG